AUGCCCCAAAUCAAUCUUAAAUCGACUGCUCUUCCUCCUCGUUUCUUUGCCGCCACGUUCGUUCAAAGACGUCCCAGAGAUGAACACCAGGACUCAGAUAUUCACUCAGAUCAUCGCCCAUCGGUAAUUCCUGCUGGAGACUCUCUUCCUCAAGAUAGAAAUGAACAUAAAUCUUCACGAACAGAUGGGCGCGACCAUUCUGUUCAACAGUUCACUGACAUACCACCACCUAUACCAGACAACGGUCCACUCAGUCUUUCCUAUUCACGAACAACAUUGUUGCCAUACUCUUCGUUUCUGUCAGCUCGUUCUUCAAGCCUUAUGGCUCUUCACCCUUUGACAUCGGCCACAACCAUGCUCGCCGUUACAAAUCGACCACUACAACCGUCGGAAUCUGUGUCAUCUACCAUACAUCCGUCUAACUCGUCGAGCCCUAUUUCCCUUCAACAUCAAGCUCCGAACUCUCCCAAGAUCCCUAUUCCUGUCAUUAUAUCUGUUGCUGUCAGUGUUGGCCUUUUCAUCGUUGCGGGCAUUAUUUUCCUUCGCGUCUGCAAGCAUCCUCGUCCUCGUGAACGUCCCAAGCCCUCAUUACCGAUCUUGGAUUACCCCUUUGUUGAAGAAGACAUGUGCAAAUUCAACGAGUCGCCACUGUUUGGAGGGCAAGAACGCUUUUCUACAAAUAGUGGCAAUAACAGCGGUUUGUGGGCUUGGACACAAUACCCUCAAGUCAAAUCCACACAAGUACCUAUUGUGCAGCUGUUCCCUCCACCGGCUCCUGGGUCCAUUGAACCCGAAAAUCGCCCGUCCCCACCUCCUUCAGCCGCAGCCGCAGAACGUUCUCGCGGGUUGUUGGCCGCGCGACCACCACCAUCUCAAAGCGUUCCGACCCUUGGCGCCUCCUUACUUUCUGUGAGUUCAACACGUCAAGACAAAGCAACCAACUCGGCAAUGUCGUUACACAGACUCUCGGACAGGUCCCUCUCACUAUACCCCAACUCGCCUGUGUGUACCCAAACCGAGGCAAGUUUCAGCGCUGGUCGACCCAGUCGGUCUGAUGGAUUGGGCAAGGAUGAGUCUUCGUCCUCGCGCGACAUCGCUUAUGAUGGAGCGGACAUCGCCUCGCCUCAGUUCUUUGCACAGGACUUAAUUGAAGAGUCGCCGUCAUCCCCCAACCCCUCGGGUAGCCGCAGCCGUAUCAAGUCCUCCUACUUCAGCUACACUCCGGGAUCAUAUCCUCGCAUGUCUUCUGUCCAAUCAGGAAUAGCGACUUCGAAAGAUGAUGACUUUGAUCUCAGGAAGCUACCGCCUAUCCACAAAUCUGAAUCAGAUUCUCGCCGAGAAAAAGCAUUCGCGGCUGCACUGGGAGUGACAUCACCGAGUACAGUCCACACGACGCCGUUAUCGCCUCCAGCUACCCUGUAUCCUGACGACUCAUUGAGUGUUGUCGACGCUAAGCGGUCUAGUCGCCGUCUGCACAGGAAACCGACUCCAAACUCGAAGCUGAAACGAAAAUCUUGUAUUGAAACCAGUACGAUAAGGACGUCGUUGGAUUCGAGUACUGCAUUGGGUAGUUUGAUGCUGAUGGAGUUUGGAGCGACAAGUAAAUCGUCCGGAAUGUUGUCGGAUAACAAUUUCAUCAGCUCCAAUGGAAGACCGGUUGGUCCACCACGGGUUCCAUCGCCACCUCCGUUGCCAUCAUUGGCACAGAUGGGAUUAGAGCACGCAAAUCCGGAGGGGUAUGGGGAAUAUAGAAGCGCAACAUACAGCAUCUGUGGCUUGUAUGAGGGAGAUAGAAAGAGUAGAAUGGGAUAGAGUCGCAACUUAAUUUUACUAUUUUC